UAUCUUUUUUGGGAAAAUACAUCUCUGUUAUCAUAAUUGAAUAUAUACCAUAUACAAUUUUCACAAUGGAAGUUACAUUUUUCUUAAUGUUUUGCUUAUUUUUCAAUAUUUUACAUUUCUCUUCACCAGUCAAUGUCAUAUCCAGAAGAUUACAAAAAUCUUAUACUAGCUUCAACCUAAUUCAUUCCCACUCAAUCCACACCUCUUUACAAACUCAAGUUUAUGCCGGUGAUCGUGAUAUCAUAACCGAGAUUUUCCCAAAUGAUGAAUACUUGGUUUUUAUUAACCUUACCAUUGGUGUACCUCCAAUCCCACAAUUAGUAAUUUUUGAUACUGGAAGUAGUUUGUUAUGGAUUUCUUGCACACCAUGCAAUAAUUGUCCAGCACCUCAAUUGUUCCAACAAAAUCUUUCAACCAGUUACACAAGACUUUUGUGUGGCGAUUAUUUGUGUCCUUUCUUUUGUUUAGACCCAAAUGAUGACCCAAAUCCAUGUGCUUUUGUCACAUACUAUGCAAGUGGACUCAAUGCAAGUGGAAUAUAUGGUACGGAGACUUUUGUUAUGCCAACAAGUGAUGGUGGAGUACAGAUAAUACCUAACAAAAUAUUCGGUUGUGCACAUAAAGUAUACUAUUCUGGGGAAAGUAAAUUUAGUGGUAUGCUUGGGUUUAAUUAUGCACGAAAUUCCUUUCUAUAUAGCUUAGGAUCCUCAUUUUCUUAUUGUAUAGGAGACUUGACAAAUACACAAAAUAGUUAUAGUCAAUUACGCAUUGCUAAUGGUGACCAUGGUUAUGGUAUAGAAUUGUUAGGGAAGUGGACACCUCUUAGGAUUAAUGAAGGUGGCAAUUAUAGAGUUCGUAUAAACCGUAUAGCUUUUGGACCGUACAUUUUUACAAAUAAAAAUGGUGCAACGGGGCUCGACGCAAUCAUUGAUACAGGAUCAUCAUCCACUACAUUGCCUGAGAAUUUUGUGACUAGUCUUCAAACAUAUGUGAAAUAAAUGUUGUAUGAAUUAGGUGUAAAAGAACAUGAAGGUGCUACUGGCAAAUUGAUAUGCUUCAGAGGUGAUUUAACGGAGGAUCUUAAAGAAUUUCCAAAAGUUAUGAUUCAUUUUGAAGGGGAGGCAAGUAUGGAAUUGGAUCGUCGUAUUUUGUUCAAACAACAUACCAAGAGAGCAUUUUGCUUUAUGAUAGGCGUAACAAUAGUUGAUUCGGGAAAAAUAAUGGUAAUUGGAGCGGUGACUCAACAAAAUUACCAUAUGGCUUAUGAUCUUGACUACAAAAGAUUGUAUAUGGAAAAAGUUGAUUGUCAAAAAUAUAAAGAUUAGUAGUACUUUUAUUAAAUUUGACUUUUAUUA